CCGCUCUCUUCGUCGAGAGGCGACGUUCUGCGUUAGCGGGCAGGCUUUCGCCGGCGUUGUUCGCUCCCGCCAUUGCCUCUUCCCCGGCAGCAGAGGGCGGGAGAGACUCCAGGCAGGGGCAGAGACGGAAGGGCCUUGCUUUCGGCUCAAGGGGGCCGCCUCUUCCUGGGCCGCAAGCCGCAGCGGCGCGGCCAGUUAGUUGCUCGUCUCCGGCAUUCGGUGGUUCAACCAUGGAAGAAGAAGGCGCCCGGUGGUGCUACCGGGGGGAUCCCCAGGAGGGGCAGAGCGCUCCUCUCGUUCAGUUUACAAAUGGUAAACUGAAGCGUGCUGAAAAUAUGAGCUUCACCUUAUACAGAAAUAAAGACACCAGUAACCCAAGGAAGAAGCAAAAAGUAAUUUUGAAUGCGGAAACAGAUAGACUCUCUUACGUAGGAAAUAAUUUUGGUCCUGGAGCCCUGAAGUGCAAUACUCUCUGCAGAUACUAUGUUGGUGUGUUAGACAAGAACUCGGGACAAAUGGAAGUCUACAAUGCAGAGUUGUUCAAUAUGCAACCAUUGGUUUCAGAUAAUGUAGCCGAUGAUGACCUGUCAGAAUACUUGACUAAAUCCUACAGAGAAAAGGUGGAUCUCUGCAUCGAGGCCUUUGGAACCAAAAAGCAGAAGAAAGCCCUGAACUCUCGGAGGAUAAAUGAAGUUGGGAAAGAAGUGGUGCAUAAGGCGGUGGUUAAAGCAGCAGAAGAGAUCAUAGAAACCAAGGGUGUUGAUGCUUUGGUCAACGAUGCAGCAGAAAAUGUGAAGGGAGAUGUCUCCUUGGUUCUUCCCCCAUGCCAUGAAGAUGCCAAGAAGCCAGAAGAUGUCUACAGAUUUGAAGACAUUAUUUCACCUGCUGAAUAUGAGGCGCUUCAGGCUCCAGCUGCAGUUUUCAUGAACCUCACCUCGGAGGAAAUCCUCAAAAUGGCAGAAGAAAAAGGGUACUGCUCCUUUGUUCUGGAUGAACUUAAGUCCAUGCCUAUGAAUGAGAAGAGCCGUGACCACAAAGCCCGAUGCCUCUGGUAUUUGGAUUGUCUGGUCAAGCUGAGUUCGCAAAGAAUGGUUAAAAAGAAACAGGCACUGGGACCCGAGUGUCCAGACGUCAUCAGCAGCAGACUUGUGAAAACCUUCACAGCACUGUCCUAUGGCAAUGGCAGGAUACAAAAUCAAGUAUCUGCUUCCAUGAAAACUAAGAUAACGGCCUAUACCAUUGCCCUGGCUUUGCAUAUAAACAAUUUCCAAACAGACUUAACGGUUUUGCAGCGGGAUCUCAAGUUGCGGGAUAGCAGAAUCCUUGAUAUUGCCAAAGCGAUGCGGCUGAAGAUCACCAAAACCAAAGGCCUCUCUGGACUGGAUGAGCACAAGAUAGGAACGCUCUCUUUGCCCUUACCUGUGUACAAAAUGCCAGCAAGCCAUCGGAGACGCAUCGCACGCUGAAAUACUCCCUUGCCAGGCAUUUAGAGGCAUUUGUCCAAUGCUGUGCCAUCUUCUGAAUAAAUGUGUCGAAUCUUCUGAUGCUUCGCUGCUCCCUCAGUAGCCUCUUUUUCAGCUGCUGUUGGGGGGGGUGUUGGUAGUCACGGUGUUGUGACAUGAGCAGAUUCUUGGAUGGGACAGAGGCCCAAAUAAAUGGAACAAAAGGACUGGA